CUCGAACAACAACAACAUUUUCGUUGUUGGCUUCAAAAGCACAUCGCUUUUGCUUUCGUUUUGCUCUGGAAUCCAGCCAAGCCCACACCAGCAAUCUCCCACGCUUUCCCCCUCUCGGAAAGAAAAGAGAAAAGGAAACUGCAAACCCAAAUCUCUUCUCUCAGAAAUCUCACACUGUUUUUCUGUUUUCUGGGAAACAAAAGUCAGGGAGAAGGUUUUAUUUUUCUCCUUUUUCCUUCUCUGCAAGGUUGUGUAAGAUUUGCAGAGAAACAGUGAUGGCUGCUUAUAGAGCUGAGGACGACUAUGAUUACUUGUUCAAGGUGGUUCUGAUUGGAGAUUCGGGUGUUGGGAAGUCGAAUUUGCUUUCGAGGUUCACGAGAAAUGAGUUCAGUCUUGAAUCCAAGUCUACGAUCGGGGUAGAGUUUGCUACUAGGAGCUUGAACGUCGAUGGGAAAAUCAUCAAAGCUCAGAUUUGGGACACGGCGGGACAAGAAAGGUACCGAGCUAUUACCAGUGCUUACUACCGAGGAGCUGUUGGUGCAUUGCUUGUAUAUGAUGUCACCCGACAUUCCACUUUUGAGAAUGUUGAGAGGUGGUUGAGGGAGUUGAGGGACCACACUGAUCCCAACAUUGUUGUCAUGCUCAUCGGAAACAAGUCUGACCUACGCCAUCUUGUGGCUGUCUCUACUGAGGAUGGGAAAGCCUUUGCUGAGAGGGAGUCGCUCUACUUCAUGGAGACCUCUGCUUUGGAGGCGACCAAUGUGGACAAUGCAUUUGCUGAGGUCCUGACCCAGAUCUACCAUAUUGUGAGCAAGAAAGCAGUGGAGACAGGUGAUGAGGGAGCUGCAACAACCAUCCCCAGCAAAGGAGAGAGAAUAAACGUCGGCAAAGAUGAUGUCUCUGCAUUGAAGAGAGUUGGUUGCUGCUCGACUUGAGGCUUGGAAAACUGAAUGUUCAAUAGAUGUUACUGGGUGUUACUGCAUCCAAUAUUUGUGUAAACCAUGCUUUUGUGUAACAUUUUCAGGAAUAUCAACCAGGAGAAGAGAGCAGGAAAGAAUCUCCUUUAAAACUUAUUAUUUGUUAUAGUGAACAAGCGGGGGAGGUUGACUAGGAAUAGGGUGUUCAUUUAGAUCAUGGGUGGGAGCUCAAAUUUGAAUGAAAUCUGCUUUGGCUAAAUUCUUGUGUAGUAGACCUAUUAUAAAAGGCUAUUGGUUCAUUUGUUCUACUUUUGAUCUGAAACAGGAUCACUUGGGCUACAAGGAUUUAAAUUUAGAAUGGCUAUUGUCUUUAUUGAUUAA